CAGAGGAACCAUCUUUUGAUGAAGGCAAACGAAAGAGAAAGCAGGCCUUGUCUGGAUCAUUUGUGAAUCCAAUUGAUUUGACACUUGAGAUAUCGGAGGUUGAAGAAGAAGGUGAUGACGACCUACAAAAUGAUCCCGAUUAUAAGCCAGAAUUCAACUUCUCUAUUAUGCCAGAAGGAAUGACUGAUGAUGUGGAAGAGCUAGCAUUUGAAGAAGCUGAGUUUGGUCAGGAGAUGGAAAAGGAUGAAGAAGAUGUCAUGACAGGGAUUGAAGUGGUGGAGGAAGAUGUUGGUCCUGGAGUCAAGAGAGUAAAGAGUCCAGAGGAUAUAGAUAGACUUGUAAGAGAUGAUGUUUGUUUCGUGUAUGUAAGCCAGCUUCUUGCAUUAGCACAUACUGCAAAGGAGCAGUGCUCAGUUUGCAGGAUGACCCUGGCAAUUGAGGUUGAGUUCCUGGGAUCAGCUAUUUAUUUGAAAUGGAUUUGUGCUGACAAACACAUUGAACACAUUUGAUGUUCACAGCAUAUUUUGAAUAGACGAUUACAUAGUGGGGACUUUCUGAUAUCUGCUACGUGUGUGACAUCCGGAAAUAAUUUUGGAAAGCUUGCCCUUUGGGCUAAGAUGCUAAAUCUUCAUUUCCCAAGUGCAGCUGUAUUCCACAGGAUACAGAACUUUUACAUUGGACCUACUGUGGAUUUGUUUUGGAAAGAACACCAAACAGAACUGAUUGAAAGUUUUGCAGGAAAAGACAUAGUGCUGAUGGGAGACGGAAGAAUGGAUAGUCCAGGGCAUAGUGCUCAGUACUGUAGCUAUUCCCUCAUGGAAAUGGAAACCAAAAAGGUGCUGAGUUUAGUAACAAUGGACAAACGUGUUGUUGACCGCAAAUCAACAACAAUUGAAAAGGAAGCCUUUCGAAGGAGCAUUGAGGAGUUAAAAGCUAAAGGUUUAGGUGUGAAAGAGGUGGUGACAGAUGCACAUAUGGGAAUUGGAUAUUUGAUGAGGACAUCUUAUCCUGAGAUCAAACACAGUCAUGACAUUUGGCACGUAGCCAAAAACUUGGGCAAAAGGAUAACAAAGGCUGGACAGAAAAAAGGAUGCAAAGAUUUACUGAGAUGGGCCAAACAUAUUGUCAAUCAUUUUUGGUAUGCUUGUAGAGAAGCCACAGGUUACAUGAGGUUCAUCAAUAUUUGGGGACAAGUGCGCCACCAUGCUUGCAAUGAACAUGAGUGGAUCCUUUCAGAAGGUGAAGGGCCUGCGGAGUGCUCACAUGGAGACCUAGAGAAAGAUGCAAACAGACCAGACUGGCUUCCAAAGGAGUCUCUCGCAGCUAAAGCUAUUAAUGAAAUAGUGUUAGACAAAAGACUGAGAAACAGUUAUGGAUACAUUGAAAACUUCAGAAUGACAGCAGAGAUUGAAGUAUUCAACAAUCUUAUUUUGAUGUAUUGUGCAAAGCGUUUUGAAUAUAGUCCUGCCAGCAUACAGGCCAUUACUGAUGAAGCCUUGGACAAUAAUUGUCAUAUAGAUAGGCCAUUACUGAUGAACAAGAAAGGAGAAGUUGUGUAUCACAGAACUUUCAAUAAGAAAAGUGGAAGGUGGUCUGUAUACCCAUGCAAGGUAAACAAAAACUAUCAGCACGUGAGGGACCUUCUGAGAAGGAUGCUUUCUGCACGCUUAGAAGACAAGAUGGGAAUGCACCGUCCAAAGGCUAUGGCAGCAGAUGACCCUCGAAGAUUGUCUGUACAUCUUUCUCCAGUAAGUCCAAAGGCAACAAAGGAGCUUGUGUCUCAACAAAUGAUACGGAAAAAAGAGACUGAAAAGUGA